UCAAACCUGGUGAAAAAACCAAAGAGGAAGAACCCCAAAUAAAAAUUAAAAAAGGAAAAGAAGUUUAAAACGUUUCUAAGGAUCAGAUUCAUGGCUAUCAAGCAUCUCAGUCCUUUCUCAUUGGUCUUUCUUGCCACGGCCACUUUCCUCCUUGCUGGUCAGACCGCAGCUCGCAUCCUUGAUGGUGACUUGUGUCGCAAGACAGACUACCCACCGCUUUGCAAGAGAGCUGUAAAGGGGUCAGUGAGUGAUCCAAAACUUGCUACUGAACUUGCUGUUAAGGCGUUGAUCGAUCAAACAAUGGGGGCGAAGGCCUUGGCUGCCAAGCUAGGCAAAAGUCCUAAACUUGAUAACUGCCUUACCAGUUACGACGAUGCCAUCGACAACCUAAAGAAAUCCCUGGACAACAUCAACCAUAAGGAUCCUGGGAGCCUCAUGAGCAACCUCAGCGCAGUGGUUGCUGAUUACGAGACAUGCGAUGAUGCUUUUGCGGAAGCCGGUCAAAGAUCUCCUCUUGCUGCUACUAAUAAAAAGUCCAGUCACAUGGCUAGCAACUGCUUGGCAUUGGGAAGUCAAAUCAAGUUUUAAAGCGAAAUUUUUCAACAACAAAAAAUGCCUGAGAAUAUUGAGUUAAUUUCUCUGCAGCAUUUUUUUUUUCGUUAGUCGCGUUAGGAAGAAGAAAGCUGAUAUUGUUAGCGAGGUCUCUUUUUGCCAUGUUUCUUGUACCUUCGGUGUUGAAUAUCAUUAGCUUCUCUA